UACGAAAGCCCACCCUUUUCCAGCACUGAACUCGCGGUGUCCGCGAGCGGGAGGCGAGAGAGAGUUGUGGCGGCCGUUGAUGAGAGAAUUAAGCGGCGACGUCCUGAGCAGUAACGGCAGCGAGCGAGCGAGCGAGAAGACGAGAAGAGCUGCGUGCGCGCCAGGCAGACGGGGGGACGCGUGCGUGGUUUCCCACCCGCAAGGGACAAAGAGCAGGCAUCCCAGAGACGCGCGAACGGGAUCCUCCCGACUUACAAAAGCUUGCCUUAUUAUCCAGCAUCUGGCCGCUGUGGCCCUGCCCCUUUCCGGAGCCGGAGGGUCCGGAACCGGUGGAUCACUCCUCCCUCUUGCCUCUGGACCCCUAGAAAGAGAGACUGAAGAAUGAAAGUACUUUAAUGGAAAGAAAAGUUGUGCCCACAGGAUGGAAAUUGCUUCUUCAUUUGAGGGGGACUCUGAUAGAGCUUCGUUGCAGCAUCAUGGUGAGAUCAAAGAAUGGCAGGGAGCUUCAACUGCAGUAACAAGCAGUGAUGAAUCUCAUACUUCUACUCCAGGAAAGAUGAGUCAGCGUCACGGGAAAGAAGGGUAUCUUACUCCAACCAAAGAAUUACAACAACUUUCUUUCAGUCCAGGCCAAGGCCAUGGUUUUGAUAGAGGGAAAGAUGAUGCUUCACAGAAUAAAGAUGAUUCUUCACAAUCAAUGUCAAAAAGUAAGUCAGAAUCUAAGAUAUAUAAUGGAUCAGAAAAGGACAUCCCUGCUUCCUCUCCCACUACCAAACUUACAAAGAAAGAGUCCCUUAAGGUUCAAAAGAAAAAUUACAGGGAAGAAAAGAAAAGAGCUACAAAAGAAUUACUUAGCACUAUCACAGACCCAUCAGUCAUUGUUAUGGCUGAUUGGCUUAAGAUUCGUGGUACAUUGAAAAGUUGGACCAAACUUUGGUGUGUGUUGAAACCAGGAGUAUUGCUAAUUUAUAAAACACCUAAAAAUGGCCAGUGGGUGGGAACAGUACUUCUGAAUGCUUGUGAACUCAUUGAGCGACCUUCAAAAAAGGAUGGAUUCUGUUUCAAACUUUUCCAUCCUUUGGAACAGUCUAUCUGGGCUGUUAAGGGCCCUAAAGGUGAAGCUGUUGGCUCUAUAACACAGCCAUUACCCAGUAGUUACUUAAUCAUUCGAGCAGCUUCAGAAUCAGAUGGUAGAUGUUGGAUGGAUGCAUUGGAGCUAGCUUUAAAGUGUUCAAGUUUGCUCAAACGUACAAUGAUUAGAGAAGGUAAAGAACAUGAAGUGAAUUUAGCAGAUAGUACACAUGUUUCAUUCUAUGGCCUGCUGCGUGCAAACAACGUUCACAGCACUGAAAGUUUCCCGUUAAAUGACAGUGAAAUUGAAAGACAUCAUUUUAAAGAUUCAGAUAUGUACUCUGAUAAAUCAGAUAGAGAAAAUGACCAUGAUCGUGAUGAGUCAGAUAAUGAUGGUUUGGUAGAAAGUGACACAGAUACAUCAGAGAGACAGGAUGAUUCAUAUAUUGAUCCUGAACCUGAUCACAUAAAGGAAACAAUUUACGUAGAAGAAGACAGUGAAGAACUGGGGGAGGCAGGAGAAGCUUCUCAAACAGAAAUAGUUUCAGAAGAGAACAAGAGUUUGAUCUGGACAUUGUUGAAACAAGUACGCCCUGGAAUGGAUCUUUCCAAAGUGGUACUACCUACAUUUAUAUUGGAAACACGUUCUUUCUUGGACAAACUCUCUGAUUACUACUAUCAUGCAGACUUCUUAUCUGAAGCUGCCCUUGAGGAGAAUGCUUACAAUCGAAUGAAAAAAGUUGUGAAGUGGUACUUAUCAGGAUUCUACAAAAAACCAAAAGGACUUAAAAAACCUUACAAUCCUAUACUUGGUGAGACUUUUCGUUGUUUAUGGAUUCAUCCAAAAACAAACAGCAAGACUUUUUAUAUUGCUGAACAGGUAUCUCAUCAUCCUCCAAUAUCUGCCUUCUAUGUAAGCAAUAGAAAAGAUGGAUUUUGCCUUAGUGUUAAUAUUUUGGCCAAAUCCAAGUUUUAUGGAAAUUCAUUAUCUGCCAUUCUGGAUGGUGAAGGGCGACUAAUGUUCCUAAACAGAGGAGAAGACUAUGUGAUGACCAUGCCAUAUGCACACUGUAAAGGGAUUCUAUACGGCACGAUGACUUUGGAGCUUGGGGGAACUGUUAGCAUCACAUGUGAGAAAACUGGAUAUAGUGCAGUCCUUGAAUUCAAGCUAAAGCCAUUUUUGGGGAACAAUGAAAAUGUUAAUCAAAUAAUGGGAAAAAUUAAACUGGGGAAAGAAGUUCUAGCCACUCUAGAAGGCCAUUGGGACAGUGAAGUUAUUAUUAGGGAUAAGAAGACAGAUGCUACCGAGACAUUCUGGAAUCCAACACCUGAGAUCAGGCAGCACAGAUUAAGAAGAUACACAGUGAAGUUUGAGGAACAAGGUGACUUUGAAUCAGAGAAACUUUGGCAACAUGUGACUCGAGCUAUAAUUAAUAAAGACCAAACAGAAGCAACUCAAGAAAAAUAUAUUCUGGAAGAAGCACAAAGGAAAGCUGCCAAGGAAAGGAAGGCGCUGAAUGAAGUGUGGGUCUGCAGAUUAUUUGAACCAGAUCCACUUACAGGAGAAUGGAAUUACAGAUAUGCAGAUACAAGACCAUGGGAUCCACUGAAUGACAUGAUACAGUUUGAAAAAGAUGGCAUAGUUCAAACCAAAGUAAGACACCGUACACCAAUGGUUACUGUUGCAAAAAUAAAACGGUCUGCUAAAUCUAAGAAAGAAGAAUGUGGCUUCUCCUCACCAGAGCCUGAUAAUCCAGACUCAUCAGGAAGUGAAGCACAACUCAAACAUAACACAAGAAUCCGAAAGAAAACAGUAGAUCUUGCUGAACUGCAAAGUGCCAUUGAAUCUAUAAAGUUAACACAGGAAGAUAUUCGGAGGGAUAUUACAGCAUUAAGAACACGAAUGACUUCAAGUUUGCCAACGCCAGAUAAUAAUUUCUUUCAAUUCAAGCACUAUGUCUUCAUUUUGCUGAUGGUUCUCCUGCAACUUAUAAUCAAUUACUUAUUCAAAUAGAUUAUCUGGACAGAAGAAUAUCUAUGAAAUGGAAUUAUUACGGUCUUCAUGGGACCAUCUUUAAAGCUUGGUUUGGUUUCAAAUGAGGCAAUAUUAUCUACAGGGCCCAGAAGAUUCAGACCUUUGACUCAAAAGAUUGGGCUCAUAUGAAAUAUUUUGUUACACCAUCCUAGCCAGAUGACAUGGACAAUGCUUACGUGCCAGUACUACUUCUUCAUAUCUUCCAAAUGCUGGAUAACUGCCUUGCAUGUUCUAAGGUGUCAUAAACUAUUAUAAAUAUCAAUAUAGAAUAUAUCAGUUUGGAAUUUGAAGAGCCUAUUUUGUUAUAACCAAUCCCUAUUGGACAUGCUAGCAAAAGAAGUAAAUUUUGACCUAAGACUUUUCUUCCUUAGUUUAAUCAACCUUACUUCAAUAUGAAAAUAAUGCCAAGGGAUAUUAAUUCAGAAA